AUGGGUCAGGCCUUGGGCUCUACCCAGCAAUGGCAGUAUGAUCAGCUUGAGCUGGUCUAUGAACUUGACGGGCUUCGGACAAGCUACAUCCGCAAGUUUUUCCAAGACUAUCGCUUCGACAUCCUCGCUCCUGCUCGUGUCAUUGUGAUCAAGGCAUUCAACAUUGACACCACCGUCGGUGUGCGCGAGCCCGGAGUUAACAACGGGAAGAUGGAGAUGUCGGCGUUUUGUGGUACCUAUCGUGCAGGUAUCAUAAUUGUAUUCAUCCCCUCCUUUCCCCCCUCCCUUCAAAUCCCAUCUCCCACCUGGAUUCAUCCCUUCUUUCCCUCCCUCCCCCUUCAGAUCGCACCCGCCCCUGAAUUCAUCCCUUCUUUCCCUCCCUCCCCUUCAGAUCGCACCCCCCCCUUGGAUUCAUCCCUUCCCUCCCUCCCCUUCAGAUCGCACCUGCCCCUGAAUUCAUCCCUUCUUUCCCUCCCUCCCCUUCAGAUUGCACCCGCCCCUGAAUUCAUCCCUUCUUUCCCUCCCUCCCCUUCAGAUCGCACCCCCCCCUUGGAUUCAUCCCUUCUUUCCCUCCGUCCCCUUCAGAUCGCACCCGCCCCUUCAUCCCUUCUUUCCCUCCCUCCCCUUCAGAUCGCACCCGCCCCUGAAUUCAUCCCUUCUUUCCCUCCCUCCCCUUCAGAUCGCACCCGCCCCUGA